CCAGAAAUGGGGAGAAGAUGAAGCAGAUCUAGCCGGUAAUCACGGAAGCGAAGCAUUCACUGAAUCUCCAACCCACCGGCGACAGGUUGAGGAAGACGUUUGCGGCGUGCGGCGUGCGGCGUGUGGCGUUCGUCGUUCGUGAUGAAGAAGGAGAACAGAAACAGAUCUGCAAUCGGAAAUCCAUUGUUUUUUUUUUUUGUUUGAACUUAGGUGUACCGGUCAUAUUUCGGAGUGCCGGCCGGUACACAAAAUUCCGGCCGGUACACCGGAUUUUGACCGGAACGACCGGAUUUUGACCGAAACGGAAUUUGAUGUUGUACCGUUUCGGUCAAGUGUCAAAACCGGUACGUACCGGUCAUACCGGCCGGUACGGUACGGGAUUGACAUCUUUGCUCUCAACCCUUCACAAACCUUCCAGUAAAACCCACUUUCUCUUCCAAUUGACUUGUCUUUUCUACCGUCUGUCAAUUUCUUUUCAUUUGCUCAAUUUCAAUUAUGCCAAGGAGGUGUUCGGUCUAAUUCCUAAGAGAGUAUUCAGUUUGAGCUUUGUUCAAUUUUGUUUUUGCAGAUUCCCCACCAUCUAUCCUAAUUCUUAAUUCUUCUCUGUAAAUUCUAAUUCUGCAAUUGACUUGUGAAACAAAGGGAUUAUGGAGAGACUGUAAAUUAAUAUCCCUCCCAGACAAAGGGUGGGGAGAGGGAAUUUUCAUCCAGUUAAAUUAAAUUAAGACAUUGACC